AUGUCUCGCCUUGCCUCACCAGCCUCCCUCCUCUUCCUUGUUCUCCUGUCCUGGGCGCCACCCUGUCAAUCGGAGUCUGAUCGCGACGGGGUGGUCUCGUCCUCCGUGCUGCCAUCCUCCCUGCCUUCCGCCAGAUCGUAUGGAAACAACACAGUGCCGCCCAACGGCAACUGCGACGCUGUUACGGUUUGCAAACCAGGCAUCCUGUUGCCCGUCUGGGAGCCCAACCGGCCUGGCAUCGGGGAACAGAUCUCCCGAGCGCUGGUCUACUUUGUGUCACUCAUGUACAUGUUCCUGGGCGUGUCCAUCAUCGCCGACCGUUUCAUGGCAUCCAUUGAAGUUAUUACGUCACAGGAGAAGGAAGUGACCAUCACCAUGCCAAAUGGAGAAACAUCAGUCGCGACGGUUCGAAUCUGGAAUGAAACAGUGUCUAAUCUGACGCUCAUGGCUCUUGGUUCCAGCGCCCCGGAGAUACUGCUGUCGGUCAUAGAGGUAUGCGGUCAUGAAUUCAAUGCGGGCGAGUUGGGACCAGGAACCAUCGUGGGCAGCGCCGCCUUUAACAUGUUUGUCAUCAUCGGCAUCUGCGUGUGGGUUAUCCCCCAAGGCCAGGUGCGCAAAAUCAAACACCUGCGGGUCUUCUUCAUCACCGCCUUCUGGAGCAUCUUCGCUUACAUCUGGCUCUACCUCAUCCUCUCGGUCAUGUCACCCGGCGAGGUGGAGGUCUGGGAGGCCUUGGUGACCCUUCUCUACUUCCCAGUCUGCGUCCUCCUUGCAUGGAUCGCCGACCGCCGCCUCCUAUUCUACAAGUACAUGGGCAAACGCUACCGUGCCGACAAACGCCACGGUAUUGUCGUGGAGAUGGAAGGAGACCUGACGCCCAACAAGGGCGGUAUGGAGAUGAUUGCAGAUGGCAAACUUCCCCCACGAGGGGGCGUGGUAGUCCCAGCCGAGAACUGCGGCGGAGAUGGCGCGGCGGUCAAUAAUGUGGGUGCUGUGACAGUUCGGUCCACUUCCACGGGUGCUCUGGGGAACCUGCCCAACUCCAAUAGUGCUAUGGUCAACUUUGAGACCAGUCGGGAACUUGAUGAGAGCCGCAAGGAGGUCAUUCGCAUCCUGAAGGAGUUAAAGCAGAAGUAUCCAGAUAAAGAGUUGGACCAACUAAUGGAGCUAGCCAACUACUACGCCCUGUUGCACCAGCAGAAGAGCCGAGCCUUCUACCGCAUACAGGCCACUCGCAUGAUGAUCGGAGCUGGUAACGUCCUAAAGAAGCACGCCGCCGACCACGCCCGCCGUGCCCUGGUCUCCGACGAGGAGGCGCCGGAAGAGGACGACCUUGCCGAGUGCAGCCACAUCUCCUUUGAAAGCGCUCACAGCCAGUGCAUGGAGAACUGCGGUAUACUCACACUGGCUGUCGUAUGCCGAGGGGGAUUGGGAGAGAACACUUUCUACAUUGACUACAGAACCGAGGACGGCUCGGCCAACGCCGGCUCAGAUUAUGAGUACAGCGAAGGAACUCUGGUGUUCAAACCCGGAGAAACCCGCAAGGAGAUUAAGGUUGGCAUUAUCGAUGACGACAUUUUUGAGGAGGAUGAGCACUUCUUCGUGCGACUGCUCAACCUGCGGGUUGGAGACGCCGAGGGCAUGUUUGAAAGUGACGAAGUGGGCGCCGCGCCCAAGGGCCGGCUUGUGGAGCCGCUGGUGGCCACGGUGACCAUUCUGGACGACGACCACGCUGGUAUAUUUACCUUUGGCGAGCGCAUGGUGCGUGUCAGCGAGAGCGUGGGCACCAUGGAGGUGACGGUAGUACGAAACUCAGGCGCUCGGGGCACCGUCAUCCUACCUUACCACACCGAGUCGGGCACGGCUAAGGCAGGGGACGACUACGAGAAUGCUCAGGGAGAGCUGGAGUUCACCAACGACCAGACAACUCAGACGAUCCAGGUGAGGAUUAUCGAUGAUGAAGAAUAUGAGAAACAUGAGAAUUUCUAUAUCGUCUUGGAGGAGCCACGCUGGCUAAAAAGAGGCAUUUCAGCUCUGCUACUUAGCCAAGAGGGGUCCGAAGGCCAAUUGAGCGCCGAGGAGGAGGAGGCCCGGAGGAUUGCUGAGAUGGGCAAACCCAUCCUGGGGGAGCACAGCCGUCUGGAAGUGGUCAUCGAGGAGUCCUAUGAGUUUAAGAGCACUGUCGACAAGCUCAUCAAGAAGACCAACUUGGCGCUGGUCAUUGGCACACACUCCUGGAGGGAGCAGUUUGUUGAAGCUGUCACUGUGAGCGCAGGUGACGACGACGAGGAAGAAGGCCGCGAGGAACAUCUGCCCUCCUGCUACGACUAUGUGAUGCACUUCCUCACCGUCUUCUGGAAGGUUCUGUUUGCCUGCGUGCCGCCCACAGAGUACUGGAACGGUUGGGCCUGCUUCAUGGUCUCCAUCAGCGUCAUCGGCCUGCUUACCGCCAUUAUUGGGGACCUGGCAUCGCACUUUGGCUGCACAGUGGGACUGCGAGACUCAGUGACCGCCGUUGUCUUCGUGGCUCUGGGAACUUCCAUUCCUGACACGUUCGCCAGCAAAGUUGCAGCCGUCCAGGACCAGCACGCCGACGCCUCCGUGGGCAAUGUAACAGGCAGCAACGCCGUCAACGUCUUUUUGGGGAUCGGCGUGGCAUGGUCGGUGGCUGCCAUCUACUGGAAGAUCAAGGGGAAAAAGUUUAUGGUGAAACCGGGUUCACUAGCCUUCUCUGUGACUCUCUUCACUAUCUUCGCAUUCGUCUGCAUGGCCGUGCUGCUGUUCCGACGCCGACCUUCCAUCGGUGGCGAGCUGGGGGGCUCUCGAUUGUCCCGCGUUCUCACCAGCCUGCUCUUCCUGGGCCUGUGGUUUCUUUACAUUCUCUUCUCCAGCCUGGAAGCCUACUGCCACAUACCGGGCUUCUAA